AUGACGCCUCAGAUCACGCUAUACACGAGCAAGACUAGUCCUUAUGGACACUACGUCGAGAUUGCCCUCCGCGAAGCCAAAGCAGAGUACACCAGGUUCGAGGUGGAUCUGCUCAACAAGCCAUCUUGGUUCACCGAGCACGUCAACCCCACAGGGCAGAUCCCCGCACUGACAUACGGCGGACCCCCCACCGCGCCCGACGCGCCCUCCCCCGCCGCCCACAAACUCACAGAAUCCCUCGUCCUCCUCGAAUUCCUCGCCGACGUCUUCCCCGCCUCCGCCCUCCUCCCCGCCCCCACCGCCCCCCUCGCGCCGGUCCGCCGCGCCCAAGCGCGUCUCUUCAUCACCCUCCUCUCCACCCGCCUCGCCCCCGCGUUCUCCGCCGCGCUGCUCCACCGCGGCACGCCGGGGGCCAUCCUCGCCGCGCUCGACGCGCUGCAGCCCUCCAUGCCCAGCGGCGCGCCCGGCGCCGGGCCGUUCCUUCUUGGCGCCGCGUUCUGCGCUGCGGACGCGGUGGCGGCGGCGUACCUCGUGCGCGUGGAUGGGUGUUUGAAGCGGGAUGUCGGCUCGUUCCCUGCGGGGGCGGGCACCGCGACGCACGAGAUCCUGCGCACCUCCACGCAGUACGCACGGUAUCGCGCGUAUCUGUCUGCGUUGGCGGCGCGGGAGUCGGUCAGGGCCACCUUUCACGAGGACUUACUGUUCGCACCGCACAACGUGCAGUAUAUCCUCUCAAAGCGGGCCUGA